AUGGAAGAACAUAAUGGGAUAGCUGACUGUAGUGAGCUUGUACACCUGAAGAACACAGUAGAAAGUGACCCUGACCCACUCACUACAUUUUCUGUGAAAACACUCUUUGGAUUUACAACUAAGCUUGAAUCUACAGCUCCCGAAGAAGAAACAGUGCUUAAAGCAUUUCAGCCUUUGCACAGCAAUACAGAUGGUCAGGCUAACACCUGGCAUGAGAGGAAUGAUAAUGGAUGUAAUGAGGACUCAGAAAAUCAGCACAGCGUGGAUAGUGCCAGUGGCCAAGCUGACCCAAUGUGUGGCAGACAAGCAGGCCUGGAGCUGGACUUAGCAGACCAAAAGGAAUUACUUCAGCAUUUGAGGUUUGUUCAGACUUCUUUGUCUGAAUCGGACAAUGAUGACAAGGAUGCUAUUCUUGUGCAAGGUACUUUGGUUCAUACAACGAGUGACACAGAAUCUGACACGGAGAAUAGGGACCUCGACAGUGAUGAGAACAAUGCAAGCAAAUAUGGGCUAAAAAAUGCUGCUUUGUGUGCUGAGGCCUUGGACAACAGCAAUCAAAAUAAGGAAGAGUCAGAAUCAGAAGGGCACAGCAACAGUGAUGACCCUGUGGAUACAGAUGACACUGAGUUACACCCACCAUUCUCUAACCAGCUCCCAGAAGAGCUGGAUGGUAUUCUACAGUAUGACUCCGACGGAAAAGACAAAAUGUUAAUGGAUGAGCAAUUCACUCAUUUGCUUGCUACAGGGGAAUGCCCUCAAGAACUUUCAGAUGAAGAACAAAGACCUUCCGUUGAUAAUAUAUCACUCCAAAAAAGAGCACUGGCUGAAAAGACUUUCCAGCUGCCUGCUUUCUUUAGUGGACUACGUGUGAGGAAAAAGGGACUAACCACAGAAGAUGGGGAAACUGUUACAGAAAUUAAACCAAGGGAGAAUGACUUAGCUCUGCUUAAAUUACGACAGCCUGUUAAGAAAUCCGGUAUUGCAUCAGGUUUGACCAUUAAAAAAAAAUCAUCUGAACCUAAAGCAAAUCCCACUUUCCUAGAACAACUCUCGCACUUGUUAAACAUAGAGGUCUCCAAGAAUGAAGAUAGAACUGAGGACUCUGGUGAGGGAUCUGGGGAGACCGAGGACAGUGAUGAAGCUCAAGAGAACAAAGCCUCCAGCAAAAGAGAACCACGAUUUCCCUCUGAGGAGAUAAAAUCAAGCCCUGCUGAAUCUGCACUGGAUGCCUUUAAAGCCUUAUUCACGAGACCUCCCAAGAAAGAAACAACUGCAGAUACUUCAGAGCUGGAAGCGCUAAAACGCAAAAUGAGAAAUGAAAAAGAGUCCUUGAAAGCUGUAUUUGAAAGGUCAAAAUCAAAACCUGGGGAUGGACCAUCAGACAAAUCUCCUGACCUGAGUCCCUCAGAGCAAGAUGACAAGACUCCAGGGAGACUCCAGACUGUCUGGCCGCCACCAAAAGCAAAUAAUGAAGAAGUAAAAGUAGGAUUAAAGUACACAGAAGCAGAGUACCAAGCUGCAAUUCUGCAUUUAAAGAGGGAACACAAAGAAGAAAUUGAAACAUUAAAGUCUCAGUUUGAACUCAGGGUAUUCCAUAUUCGUGGAGAACAUGCUGUCUCAACUGCUCAGCUUGAGGAAACGAUUGCACAUCUGAAGAAUGAACUUGAUAAUAAAUUAAACAGAAGAAAUGAAAAAGCAAAGGAUAUUGGUGUUUCUACUGAAGAUGAUAACCCACCAAAGGCAUACCGAAAUGUAUGUAUACAGACUGACAGAGAAACUUUCAUAAAGCCUAGUGAAGAGGAAAACAGAGCUGUGAAAAAUAACCAAAUAGUACCCAAAAAGCUUAAUAUUUCUUCUUUGACACAUAGUAUACCUGCCCAAAGUGAAAGUAAGGACAAUUACAAUGUACAGUCAUCAGAAAGUGUCUUGUCUUGUCAACCAAAACAAAUGCCUCCUCCUCCACCACCACCACCUCCUCCCCUUCCUGAUUCCUCACUGUCCGCCGUAGUUCCUCCACCACCACCUUUGCCAGUGGGUCCGACUUCACUGACGUCUCAGUUUGGAUCUGGUCCACCACUGCCACCUCCACUUUCUGAAGGCUGUAGGAAUUUUCAAGCUCUGCCACCACCGCCACCACCACCGCUUCCAGGGCAGGGACCUCCUGUUCCUCCUCCACUGCCUGGAUCUGGGUUACCUCCACCCCCUCCACCUCCUGCGCCUGGGUUCUUUUUUAAUAGCACUUUAUCUUCAAACCAAGGUCCUCGAAAACCUGCCAUUGAACCUGGCCGUCCCAUGAAGCCUUUGUACUGGACACGAAUACAGUUGCAAGAUAACAGGAAAACUGCUAUGCCAACAUUAUGGGAAUCACUGGAAGAACCUGAUAUACUGGACACUACUGAGUUUGAAUAUUUAUUCUCCAAAGACACCACUCAGGAAAAAAGAAAACCAUUAUCAGAGACUUAUGAAAAAAAAACCAAGGCCAAAAAGAUUAUCAAAUUACUGGAUGGAAAACGGUCUCAAACUGUAGGAAUUCUAAUAUCAAGUUUGCAUUUGGAGAUGAAGGAUAUUCAACAAGCUAUAUUGUGUGUUGAUGACUCCGUAGUAGAUCUGGAGACACUGGAAGCCCUAUAUGAAAAUAGAGCACAAAAGGAUGAACUGGAGAAAAUCAAGCAAUAUUACCAGACUUCAAAAGAGGAGGAACUGAAGCUUCUGGAUAAACCAGAACAAUUUCUCUAUGAGUUGUCUCAAAUCCCCAACUUUGCAGAACGAGCUCAGUGUAUUAUCUUCCAGUCAGUUUUCUCUGAAGGGAUAACAUCGGUGCACCGGAAAGUAGAUAUCGUGACUCGUGUUUCCAAGGCUUUGCUGAACAUGAAGAGUGUAAAGGAAAUUUUGGGUUUGAUUCUGGCUUUUGGAAAUUAUAUGAACGGAGGGAAUAGGACCCGAGGUCAAGCUGAUGGGUUUGGUUUGGAAAUACUCCCCAAACUAAAGGAUGUCAAAAGCAGAGAUAAUGGUAUUAAUCUUGUGGAUUAUGUCGUCAUAUAUUACCUACGCCAUUGUGAUAAGGAAGCAGGAACAGACAAGAGCAUUUUUCCUUUACCAGAACCACAGGAUUUUUUCCAGGCCUCCCAAGUUAAAUUUGAAGACCUAAUAAAAGACUUAAGGAAACUGAAGAGAGAUCUAGAAGCCUCUGAAAAGCAAAUGAAGUUAGUUUGCAGAGAGUCUUCUGAAGAACAUCUCCAGCCCUUCAAGGAGAAAUUAGAGGAAUUCUUCCAGAAAGCUAAAGAAGAACAGAAAAAAGAAGAGAACAGUUUGGAAAAUGCUCAAAAAUGCUUUGAAGAAACAGUGGGAUACUUUGGGAUAAAGCCAAAGCCUGGCGAAAAGGAGAUCACACCAAACUACGUUUUCACGGUGUGGUACGAAUUCUGCAGUGACUUCAAGACCAUUUGGAAACGAGAGAGCAAAAGCAUUUCCAAGGAACGAAUUAAAGUGGCUCAGCAAUCAGUGAGCAAGUUAACUGCAGAGAAGAAAGUUGAAACUAAGAAGAUCAAUCCUACAGCUAGCCUGAAAGAAAGACUACGUCAGAAGGAAGCCAGUGUGACUGCCAACUGAAAGAAGAUGAAUGAAAAUGAUGGAGUGGUUUCAUACCUUGCCUGAUGUUUUACUACACCAAUGGCCCA